AUGAGGCUCAAUUUGAGACGAAGUCUGUUGAAUGCGAGGGAAUCCCUUCGUGAGUCCAAAGACCAGCUGAACGGUCGUUUUCGAAAUCCAGGUUCCGCAUUCAGCCCCGCAUUACCAACCGGCAAAUCAAAUGUUCAACAGUUACACAGUCCCACAGUGAGCGAACCUGCUGGACAUAAUUUCCUCCCACACGGACAGCAACCAACACCAGGCGAAAAGUCCCCAGCCUCCAGUGAAACUUCAUUACCAUCGUUUAGCACAGGCUCGGAAUCCAGAUUGCCUUUCGCUCCUUUGGAAUCGGCUUACCUUUUAUCUUUCAUCAAUGAUGCCUAUGCAAGAUUAUUAGCACGUCAGUUGCAAAUACCAACAAGCAAAUACAAAAACGCAGAUCGUACUGAAGAUAAUCAGGCUAGAAACAAAAUUCCAGUGCAUGGUCCUGUUUCCAGUCCUAACGUUGAUCCUCAGAAGUUUGCUUCAACUAAUGGAGACAUGAAACCAGAUUUCUGGAGAAACAUAAACUCCGUGUUGUUUGACCGAACUGGAUCUGGAAACGUUCAUUCGUCUUUCUGUACCGCAACACAAGAUUUUCCAGGACUGCCUCCACUAUUCAGCCUUUCAUCUGCAGUCCGAAAUGUAUCCAAGCAAGCAGAAAUGCGUACUUCACGAAACUCUGUGGGAAACGGUUGCAGCUCACCUAACCCUGAAUGGUGUAGUUUUCUACAACAGCGCGAUUUCCGAAUAAACAAAGUAAAUCAGUUUGCCGCUUCCAAUCCUGGAGCACUCCCUAAUCCUAUACUACCAACUGGUUUCAACCAAACAGGUUCCUUGUACGGUCAGGUUAGAAACACGGACGCGAUAUCACCGCCUUUUGCUCCGACACCCAGCAACCCAACAUUUCCCGCUUACGAUCCUACCUUCUACAGCAUCCUCGGUUCAGUGUUUGCAAGCAUGUUUCAGCAGACUUCUUUCACGCCGGGGGGCUGUGCGGAAAAAGCUGGGCUGUUGUCAGUACAAAAUCUCACGGGGAAUGGUGUGUCCCCCGAUGACGAUUCAUUGCAAAAUUCUGACCCUAUUAACUUGAAGCUUAGGAAUCAAGAUCCACUUCCCAACAUGAACGGAACGGGGGAUUCGUGUCCCAAAAACCCAAACAACGCGAUUUUGAGCAUCGAAAGGCUUCUUGAGGUUACAAACAACAACAACAACAGACAGCCCGAACCCCAGUUACACAACCGAAAUGGACUCGGUUCACCCUCCACCAUGCAGCGACUUGAAGUUGCAUGCAAUCUAUCUCAACGAUCGAACAUGUCACGGACCUCUCCUAGUUUUUCGAAACACGGGUUUACUGGUCAUAGUUUUCUACUCUAA